GCCGUAAGGCACGGUGACCCCAACAUAACCGCUCAGUCGCCCCCCACGAAGGCUAAGCGGUAGUCAUAAGGCACUUUCUCCGCGAAAACAAAAAAAAAAAAAGGUGCGCGUCACGUGCGCCCCGCCCGCCCGUGCAGGUUUAAACUUGUUUCGUAGUGAUUCGCGCGGGACAGUUCUUGUUAAAGGAAAAUAGUUUUAUCGUGUCAGUCAGUACGGAACAUCUUGGUUUAAAAGUACGCUCGCGUAUUUUUUUAUAAGAAAAUAAGUUGGUGGUGUUAGAGUGGUUUUUAAUUAAUAAACUUUUACCUACUGUGUCAUUAGUGUGCUUAUGAAAAAUGGCAACAAGAAGGUCUCCGCUUUGGCAUUAUUUUGAGAUAGAUAAAGAAGAAGCUAAAUACGCUAUUUGUUUAAUCUGCAAAUUAAAAGUUUCACGUCGUGGAGAGGGAAAGAAAGCUGGAACCUCGUGUAUGAAAAACCACUUGAAAGCCAAGCAUUCUGAUAAGUUUAGCGAAAUUUAUGGUGGUUCGUCCUCAGAUGUUGGAACUGCUAUUUCUACGAGCUCAAAUGCAAGUACAUGUGCCGCGGCCUCUCAACCGUCCAUGCAAAAACAAUUAACUUUAGCUGAAACUGUUGAGCGAAAACAAUAUUGGGGGAUAAAUGAAUCGAAGUCGAAGGAAUUUCACUAUUUGAUUGGCGAAAUGAUCGCGUUGGAUAACGAACCACUAUCCAUCGUUGACCGAGUUGGAUUUAACAGACUCAUGCAGAAAGCGCUACCUAGGUACAAGUUGCCCAGUCGCACUUAUAUUACUGAAAAAAUAAUACCGGACAUAUACGAACGAAUUACCAAAAAAAUUAUCGAAAAUAUUUUAAACGCUGCAGUGGUUUCCAUUACGUCAGAUAUAUGGACUUGUGACCAAAAUAAUGAAAGUUUUUUGAGCUUCACCGCCCAUUGGAUAUCUCCAGAUUUCAAACUGGAACAUGGCGUUUUGGCAAUGAAGCCCUUUUCAGGGUCUCACACCGGAGAAAACAUAGCUAACGAACUUAACAUUAUUGCUGCACGUUGGAUUUUCCCGUUAAAUAAAAUACACGUUAUUGUACAUGAUAGUGGGGCUAACAUGAUAAAAGGAGUUCAUGUGGCUGAAUACGAUUCAGCUCGGUGUUUUAUUCACUCUCUCCAGCGGGUCAUUACCGAAUCACUUAAAACUCAACCUGAUUUAAUAGAGAUGCUGAAUGCCUCAAGACGUAUCGUAACUCAUUUCAAUCAUUCAGGAUUAGCACAAGAAAAACUGAAGGCAAUUCAAACAGAGUUGUAGUUACCAGAACAUCGGUUGGUGCAAGAUAUCAGUACACGUUGGAACUCGACGUACUAUUUACAAGAGCGGCUGCUAGAACAGAAACGCGCUAUUUCUUUGUAUAUAGCUGACCACAAUAAACUCAGCAACUUGACUCCUCAGCAAUGGAGUUUAAUGGAGCAAUGCAUCGUUCUCCUCAAACCGUUCGAGGAAAUAACGAAGAUUACGAGCUCAGGUUUGUCAUGCAUUUCUGAAGUUAUACCUCAUGUGGCGGUUUUGAUGAGGUACAUUCAAAAAGAAGAAACU